CAAGAAGAUCCAAAAUGUCCAACCUCAACUCGUGGGAGGACGACCCUGCUGCCCAGGACGAGAAUCUGGCGCAGCAGGCCCAACAGAUGAACCUGGGCAACAAUCAAGGUCAACAGUCCUUCCGCCCUGGUGCCUCGACCUUUACGCCUGGAGCAGCUACCUUCCAGCCAGGCCAGCCCUAUGGAGGUGGCUAUGGCGUGCCGCAAUACCAGCAGGGCUUCUACGGCGGAAAUCAACAGGCCUACUACCCUCAGUACGGCGGUCAACAAGGCUUCAACCAAUAUGGAGGGCAGGGUGGCUACGGCAACGUCUACGGGCAGCAGGCCCAGUACAAUCAGGGCUACGGCCAGUACCAGAACUAUCAACAGGGGCAGCAGCAGCAGAAGCUUCAGCAGCAGCAACAGCAACAACAAGCCCCGAAGCAGACCCCCACCAUUGCUAAGCGACCGACCGACGCCGCCGCAUCUUCCUCCGACCCCAACGCCAAUAUGACGGUUGUGAAGGAGGGCGGGACCAAGGUACUGAGCAUUGGCGGUGACGCCCCCAAGCCGAAGGCUAAGGUCCUGACGAUUGGUGGUACGGCGCCUGCUAAGGAAGAGCCGAAGAAGGGGGACGCUGCUGAGACCAAGGAGGAGGCGGCCAAACCUGAGGAGGGUGCUAAGGUCACCGCCGCGAAGGCUAUCGAGAAGACCGGUGAGAAAGCUGGCUCGGAUAAGGCUAGCUCUGGAAAGACAUCGCCCACACCCUCUUCCGGGCGCAGCAGCCCUUCACGAGCCACUGCUGCUGGUGCAAAGGCAGCUCGCGAUGCUGCCGCCGUCGAACAGGAGCAAAGCGCCGAUGUUGACGAUGAGACCCUGAAGGAGAUGUACGGCAAAGAGCACGUCAACAUUAUCUUCAUCGGUCACGUCGACGCCGGCAAGUCGACUCUUGGUGGUGCCAUUCUUGUCCAGACAGGUAUGGUGGACCAAAGAACGCUCGACAAAUACAAGAGGGAAGCCAAGGAGAUGGGCCGGGAGACAUGGUACCUGUCAUGGGCGCUGGAUCUUACAAAUGAAGAGCGAUCCAAGGGCAAGACUGUCGAGGUUGGUCGUGGAUUCUUCGAGACCGAUAAGCGCAAGUACAGUAUCCUGGACGCGCCUGGCCACAAGACAUAUGUGCCAAACAUGAUCGGUGGUGCCUCGCAGGCAGAUGUUGGCAUUCUCGUCAUCAG